AUGCCCAAAGACCGCGAAAACAGAUGUUGCGGUGAGGGUGUAAUGCCCUGCGAUCCGCAGGAAAGCGGUGAGGAUGUAGUGCCCAACGACCCGCAGGCCGCUCCGCAAUUGGACAACCUCAAUGGCGGUCAACCGAAUGACCACCUCGAGGAGAGCAGGGACCAAGUUGACGGAAGCAAGCUCCGUGCCUUCCGGCUGCCCGCAAGAUCUUGGGAGAGAUCAUUGCCGAAUGGGCAGUUACUGGCAAGGUGA